CUGCUACUCUCUCAAAUGCUCAUGUCAUAUCCAAAAAGAUGGCAACUUUCUUUGGAUCCCCACCUUCUUUGUCUCUCCCAAUUACCAGAACUAACUACUUCUCUUCAUCCUCUCAAACUCCUCCUCCUUUUCAGCCACCACAUCAACCUCAACAACCACAAACUCCGCCACCAUCUCAGCCAUUGAGUGCAACUUCUGCAGAGCCUCCAUCACCUGUUAAUGUGCAGCAACAAAAGCCUAGUAAAUCUGCCCGCUCCGCGGAAUCCACUGAUUGGAUUGCCUCCUCUUUAACAAGGAGAUUUGGCCUUGGUGCUGGACUUGCUUGGGCUGGUUUCCUUGCUUUUGGUGUUGUUUCUGAGCAAAUCAAAACUCGCCUUGAAGUGUCUCAACAAGAAACAAAUACAAGGGUUGUUGAGAAAGAAGAAGAAGUGGUCUUGCCCAAUGGGAUAAGGUAUUAUGAACUGAAAAUUGGCGGCGGCGCAACUCUUUGGCCAGGGGACUUGGUUGUGAUAGAUGUGAAGGGAAGUAUACAGGGCAGUGGACAAGUUUUUGUGGAUACAUUUGAUAGUGAUGGCAAAAAGAAGAAGCCACUGGCAUUAUUUAUGGGGUCAAGGCCUUAUAGUAAGGGAAUUUGUGAAGGUAUAGAAACUGUUAUGAGGAGUAUGAAAGCUGGCGGAAAAAGAAGAGUGAUUAUUCCUCCAAAUUUGGGAUUUGGAGAAGAAGGAGCAGAUUUAGGAACAGGGCUGCAAAUUCCUCCAUCUGCUACUCUUGAGUAUGUUAUUGAGGUUGAAAAAGUUUCUAUUGCACCUGCUUGAUUGAAGGUAUACAAACUGGAAUAUCAAACGAAACCAUAAUGGUAUAACUUCCAAGUGUUUGCUAUUAAAGGAAAAUGCAAAAUAGCAAAUUCUUGUACUCCUACUUUUUUUAGUUGGCAAGAAAGAUGUGAUUACAACAUGUUGAGAAGGACCAUUCUCGUAUUCUACAUUAAGAAGAAGGUUAACCAUUCUUGCAAUUA